UGCUGAGCUCCGAAGAUGGUCAGAGCUUUGUGGCAGAUUUCACCAAUCCGCAAACGAAGAUCAUGGCAGAGUCUGAUGGGAGGUCAUUCAAGGCCAUUAUUGGAGAUAUCAGAUAUUUCCCCAAGCUUGCAACUGAUAGAAAAGAGAAUGUGUUGGCAUGGACAUGCAGGUGGAGGGCUUCACACAGAUCCAAAGGAAGGGCUGAAAGAGAUAGAUGCCAAAAAGAUUGUCAGAGCGAUGCUGUCUUAUGUGUGGCCCAAAGACAGACCAGACCUGCGGGCCAGAGUAGCCAUAUCUCUGGGGUUUUUAGCAAGUGCAAAGGCUAUGAAUAUAUUGGUUCCCUUCAUGUUUAAAUACGCAGUAGACAACCUCAACCAGGUAUCUGGAAACGUGCUGAACCUGAGCGAUGCACCAAACACGGUCGCAACCGUGGCAACUGCUGUUCUCAUAGGCUAUGGCAUCUCAAGAGCUGGAGCAGCAUUAUUUAAUGAAGCUAGGAAUGCAGUAUUUGGGAAAGUGGCUCAAAACUCAAUCCGAAGGAUAGCAAAGAAUGUUUUUCUGCAUCUUCAUAACCUGGAUUUAGCAUUCCAUCUAAGUAGGCAAACUGGAGCUCUGUCAAAAACCAUUGACAGAGGAACGAGGGGCAUCAGCUUUGUUCUCAGUGCACUGGUAUUUAAUUUGGGACCUACCAUGUUUGAAGUGGCACUGGUCAGUGGAAUUCUGUAUUACAGAUGUGGAGCAGAGUUUGCAUUAGUUACCUUGGGGACUUUGGGAGCAUAUGCAGCCUUCACGAUAGGAAUUACACAGUGGAGGACCAAGUUUCGAAUAGAAAUGAACAAAGCAGAUAACGAUGCAGGAAAUGCUGCAAUUGACUCACUACUGAAUUAUGAGACUGUGAAGUAUUUCAAUAAUGAAAAGUAUGAGGCCCAACGGUAUGAUGGAUUCUUGAAGAUGUAUGAAAAUGCCUCGUUGAAGACUACCUCUACUUUAGCUCUCCUGAACUUUGGACAAAGUGCUAUAUUUAGUGUCGGUUUAACGGCCAUCAUGGUACUUGCUAGCCAAGGCAUUGUUGCAGGCAGCCUGUCUGUUGGAGAUCUAGUAAUGGUGAAUGGACUGCUAUUCCAGCUUUCUCUUCCCCUGAACUUCCUGGGAACAGUGUACAGAGAGACAAGACAAGCCCUUAUCGAUAUGAAUACCUUGUUUACCCUUCUCAGUGUAGAUACCAAAAUCAAAGACAAAGAACUGGCUCCACCCCUGCAGAUCACACCACAGACGGCUACUAUCGCCUUUGAUAAUGUGCAUUUUGAAUACCUUGAGGGGCAGAAAAUCCUUGCUGGAGUGUCUUUUGAAGUUCCUGCGGGAAAGAAAGUGGCCAUUGUAGGAGGUAGUGGGUCAGGGAAAAGCACAAUUGUGAGAUUACUGUUUCGUUUCUAUGAACCCCAGAAAGGAAACAUCUAUGUUGCUGGACAGAACAUACAAGAUGUCAGUUUGGAAAGUCUGAGAAAGGCAAUAGGAGUUGUACCUCAGGAUGCUGUUCUGUUCCAUAAUACUAUCUAUUACAAUCUGCUCUAUGGAAAUAUCAGUGCUACACCAGAAGAAGUGUAUGCAGUUGCCAAGUUUGCAGGAAUCCAUGAUGCUAUCCUUCGAAUGCCUAAUGGUUACAACACACAGGUUGGUGAACGAGGACUCAAGCUUUCUGGAGGAGAAAAGCAAAGAGUUGCAAUUGCUAGAGCAAUGUUAAAGGAACCACAUAUUUUUCUCUAUGAUGAAGCGACGUCAUCUUUAGAUUCAAUUACAGAAGAGAAUAUUCUCAGUGCUAUGAGGGAUGUGGUGAGACACCGAACAUCAGUUUUCAUUGCCCAUCGGCUGUCAACAGUGGUUGAUGCAGAUGAAAUCAUUGUGCUGGAUAAGGGUAAAGUUGCAGAACGUGGUAGACAUGCAGACCUUCUUGCAAGUCCUAGCACUCUCUAUUAUGAAAUGUGGCAUACGCAGAGCAGCAAAGUACUGAAUAGUCAUAAUGAUCCGAACUGGGGAGAGAGAAAUAACCAGAUGUCUAAAGAGGAGGAAAGGAAGAAACUGCAAGAGGAAAUUAUCAAUAGUGUGAAAGGCUGUGGAAACUGUUCAUGCUAAGUAUGAUUCUGGAUUAAUCUUUUCUACACGAGAUAAACAGUGACACGCGGCUCUUGUUUCGUUUUUUAAGUUACCAUUCAAAAACCUCCUGGGUUUUGCAGUUUUUGUUUUUACAGUUACUCUGAGGGGCAUAAUUUCAACCAAAGGAGUUAUAAUUCAGCAUAUUUACAAAACUAAAAUUCAUUGGCAUCUGUAAGAGCUAAGAUUUUUCAUAAACUUUAAAUGUCUCAACUAAGAGUGUAUUUUAUGGCAAUUUGUAGGCAUUGGUCAAAUCUUUUGGUAGAUGCUCAAGAUGGAUUAUUAAAUUGCAAACAGACUCAUCCUUGAUUUACAUUAUUUCUUAAUGUCAUCGAUUGAUAAAUGUUUUAAUUGGGCUAAAUUGAACUCAGUUGCUGUUGAGGAAGAUGCAGUUUAAAUUCUUGAGUGGUGGUCUAGUAGGAAAUCUUUCCUAUAAAGAAUAAGAAAAGCAUCAACAAAAUAUUCAAAGUUUUUAGUAGGAACCGAAGCACUGGAAUGAUCCACCUCAGAAAACACCUGUGCUACUAGACCAUCAGGAAAUGUAUUCCUUCAAAAGAGAAUUCAGCGUUUUUAAGAGCUGUCAAAAAUCUAGAAUUGACAAAAUAUCAUGUCACUUCAUGGAAAACAUGCAAAAUAUUGCAUGCAAAUAUAAAGAAUCUGAACCUUCCCUUUUAUUUAAAUGAAAAACAGAAGUCCAAGAUAAGGAUUCUUUAUCCUCAACAUCUGCUUGAGUAGGCAAAGCAGAAUGCAGUCUCUUUCAUUUCAGUCAUGGCAUUAGGGAGCAACUAUCACUCAGUAAGAACUGUCAGGAGUUUCUGUUGUCACUGGUGGGAGAAAAUGACCUGGAUAAUGUUAGAAGUGUUGCAGUCAUCUCCAGACCUCAAUAAACAGAACUUCUUCAGUGUCAAGAAAACCUCAGUCUUUGUGAUUCCUGGGACACUACAGGAUUGUGGUUUUAGGCCUUAUCUCUCCAGGCAUGUUGACCAUAUUUAUUUUUCAUUAGCUACUCUCAUAUAAUUCCUUUUUCACUUCUUUUUAAAUUUAAAUAAAGCAUCCUUCUUCUUGGAUGCUGAAAAACAACUUAUUUUUUUCUAAGAAAUUAUACCAGUAUAAUUACAUUCAUAUAAUUGUGUUAGUAAAAUUAUGCAAAAUUUCUCAGUAUGGGCACUUGCAAAGCACUGAAUUUUGAUGCUGCUUGAAGUUUAUUUCUGAACAGUGUUUAUUCUUUUGUAUUAAGCCCUUCUUUGAAACCAAAUACAAGAACAGCAUCUUAAAGGAACUGAAACCUUUGUUAUCUUUUCUGCUAGUCAUUCAUUUUCUCUCUAUUAAAAUGAUAGGGGGGAAAGAAUCUGUUAUCAAUCAGCAGUUUAAAAUAAUUUUAAAAUUGUAUCAAAUGCAAGGACUCCUCUUAUUUUCAUCCUUGGAGUCCAGAAGCAAAAUGGAGCCUUAUUAAUGAAUUGACAGUUCAGAAUUCUUGUAACUUAUCAUUUUAUUUUUACCAAGUUUAUUUUAAUUUAUUUUUAGUUUCUAACAGCAGUGUGGCUGAUUUAUAAAGGUGAAGUUUUAGAAAUGUCAGAGGUCUGAAGGAAGUGUUUUUUACUUUUUUUCUUGAUGGACAGUUUCGCAUAUUGCAGGGCUUAGAUAGUCUAUUAAGUGACUGAAGAGAGCACAGAAGCAAGCAUUAUCAUCUAAACAGUCUGAACCCAAAGCCAUUUUAAUGCCAAAUUUAAUUGCGAAGGUAAGUUUUCAGGUGAGCAAGUGAUUAUAGAAGGCCGAUGUGUUUUGUGAUCAAUGGGGAUGGAGUCUGCAAGCACACCAAGAUUUGUAGUAUUACAUGCUGGGCAUAAGGACUGAUGUCAGAUGGUAAAUACUAGAAGUGGUCAAGGCUUUAUUUAAACUGGCAAUGGGUUUGUUACAGAUGUGAGGCUAUUGCCUGUCUCAGCCAUCACUUUUUAUGCCAACCCAUAUGCUGCUGCUUGUCUGACGUUAAGCAGAGCUCUUAACAAGGGUGUUUCCUUAGAGAGGAUGGCAGUGAGAGUACUUGUUUGAAAGACUUUUGCAAUGAGAUUUGGAGAUAUCUGAAAACUUCCUGGCUUUGAGUGAUGUGCUUGUCUGUGCUUUUAAGGCACGGGUUACAAAAAUGUGUUUUCCCAUUGUAAAUUUAGCAACAGCACACAAGAAAUGGAAGAAAAAAAGACUACUAGGUUUAAAAAAAAA